AUGUUCAGCGAGGAUCCGACUCUGGAGCGAUCCUUCCGUGGACACAAGGAUGCCAUCAACAGCGUCGUCUUCAACCCUAACAUGAAACAGUUGAUAUCAGGGUCUCAAGACAGCUGCCUCAUGAUCUGGAACUUCAAGCCACAGCUACGUGCAUUUCGUUUCGCAGAGCAUACGGAGCCUGUUUACUCCGUUGCGAUAUCGCCGACAGGCGGGAUCAUCGCAUCGGGCUCCAAAGACAGAACGAUCAGACUGUGGGCGCCCAACAUAAGCAAAGGCCGUUCGUCCGUGAUCAAAGCACACAAUGGGGGCGUCCGAUGUGUCUCCUUCUCUCCCGACUCCUCUUCUCUCAUGAGUGCGUCUGAUGACAAAACUCUCAAGAUGUGGACACUGGCAGGACAGAAGUUCAAGCUGACGCUGAGCGGCCAUAGCAACUGGGUGAGGUCUGUGAAGUUCAACCCGCAAGGGAACUUGGUUGUCUCAGGAGGCGAUGACAAAACCGUCCGACUCUGGGAUGUGUCGCAGCGGAACUGUGUCCAGACGUUCUACGAUCACACUGGUGCGGUGAACGACGUCGCGUUCCAUCCAGACGGCUUGUGCGUCGUUGCCUGCAGUGCCGAUCAUACGAUCAACAUCUGGGACAUCCGGAUGAAUCAGUUGCUGCAGCAUUACGCUGGGCACAAGGACAGCAUCUGGGACCUGCGUGAGGGACAUCUCUGUUACACGUUGCACGGGCAUGAAGGAGCUGUCCGAUCAGUUGCUUUCUCGCCGACGGGAGAUUAUCUGGCGACAGCAUCCAACGACGAGAAUCUGCUCCACAAGGUGUUGCGACAGCUUGAAAUCCUCAACGACACGGUGUUGGUGAUGGACAAACGGAUCUCUUUGGUGGAGAGUCGGAUGAGGACACUGGAAAAUUCGCAAUGA